AUGUCGCAACACAAGUUCCUUUUCACCUCCGAAUCUGUCUCUGAAGGGCAUCCUGACAAGAUGUGUGACCAGAUCUCGGACGCUGUUCUUGAUGCUCAUUUGGCUCAAGAUCCUCACGCGAAGGUUGCAUGUGAAACGGUGACUAAAACGAUGUAUGAUCAUGUUGUGCGGUGAGAUCACCUCGAAAGCUAUCGUCGACUACCAGGUUCUCGUCCGAAACGUCAUUAAGAAAAUUGGAUACGAUGAUUCCUCGAAAGGAUUCGAUUACAAGACAUGCAAUGUUCUUGUUGCACUUGAACAACAAUCACCUGAAAUCGCUGCUGGAGUCCACGUGGACAAGGAUAGUGACGAUGUCGGAGCUGGAGAUCAAGGAAUCAUGUUUGGAUAUGCUACUGAUGAAACCGAAGAAGCUAUGCCAUUGACUCUUCUCUUGUCGCACAAGUUGAACCGGAAGCUUCACGAGCUCCGUAGAUCUGGAGAGCUCGAAUGGGUUCGUCCGGACUCGAAGACCCAAGUCACAAUCGAAUAUGCUUCGGAAGGAGGAGCAUGUAUCCCACUGCGCGUCCACACUGUUGUUAUCUCCACCCAACAUUCUCCAGAUAUCAGUCUCGAUGAUUUGAGAAAGGAACUCAUCGUGAAGGUUAUCAAAGCAGUGAUUCCUGCCAAUCUCAUCGACGACAAAACUAUCUACCAUCUCAAUCCAUGUGGAUCGUUCAUUAUUGGAGGACCAAUGGGAGAUGCUGGACUUACUGGACGUAAGAUCAUCGUUGACACCUACGGAGGAUGGGGAGCUCACGGAGGAGGUGCUUUCUCUGGAAAAGACCCCACCAAAGUCGAUCGUUCUGCCGCUUAUGCUGCUCGUUGGGUUGCCAAGUCACUGGUCAAAUCAGGACUCUGUCGCCGUUGUCUUGUUCAAGUAUCUUAUGCAAUCGGAGUAGCCAAACCACUUUCAGUGAUGGUGUUCUCUUUCGGAACAUCUGCGUUGAACGAAGGAGAACUAUUGAAAAUUGUCAAUGACAACUUUGAUUUGCGACCUGGAAUGAUUAUUAAGGAUCUCGAUUUGAAGAAACCAAUUUAUGAACCAACCGCUGAGAACGGACACUUUGGACACAAUGAAUUCCCAUGGGAGCAGCCACGUCAUCUCCAGAUUGACGUUGAACUUCUUAAAAAGAUUGGAGGAAAAACGAUCUCAAACGGAAACGGAAUUGCCCAUUGA